AGCAAUAAAAAAUUAAGCAAAAUUUCCUUGAGGCGUCAAUUGUUAUGAAAACUUGAGUAGGAUGUCCGAAACGAUUCAAUUAACCUAUAAACAAUAUAAGGUGAGAACAGUUUAACUAGUUGACCUGCAAGAAAUGUGCUUACAUCUGUUGAAAAGCCGUUAACAAAGGCUGAAAAGCUACUUCAAUGAUUAGUCUAACAGCCUUUGUCUUCAAGAACGCCAGUUGAAACAGAUGUCUUCUUAAUUCAAUCAAGGGCAAUGCUUUUACUUCUGAAGUUCGCAUGCGUUCUUUCAGUUGUUAUUCUGUACAUGCCUCUGCUGUUCGUUUGCAAGUCAGUGUCCACGACCGUGAAUAAAAAGCCAAACUCGCGAAGAACAAACGGCUAUGUGGAAUUUUGCUUUGAUACUGAGCCAGAACGUUGCAAGAAUUUCAAAUUUUACUGCCUAACGCGAUCUCAGUUCAUGAGCCAAAAUUGCAAGCUAACCUGCCAGAUGUGUCAUCCAGGUGAUCCUGUGUUCGAUUUAUCAAGUAAAUGUGCUGUAGAGCUGGAUAAGCGCCAGGAGGAACUUUGUAUACUAAACGAAUGGACUACAGUCUGUCCACAUACAUGCAAAGAGUACAUCUGCGCUGACAAGGAGCAAGAUUGUGCAAGUUUAGCGAGUCGCAAUGGCUGCCUUUUACAACAUGCGUACAUGACAGAGAAAUGUAUGCUGUCAUGUGCCAUGUGCACUCCAGGUAAUACUGUGAUGGACACAACCAGUGAGUGCAACCCUAAACAAGAUCUUUGUCGAACUGACUGGGAAUGGAGAAGUAUUUGUCCACAUACAUGUAAAAGCUAUAUUCAAAGUCAACCACAAGGAGCUAAUACUAACCAACAAGUAUCAGUACAAGCCGUGCAACCCCAGGUGCAGUCAGGCGGGGCAGUGCAACCUCAGCAACCAGUUGUUAAUUAUCCCGCACUACCAACUGUUCAACAGCUCCCGACAGCUGCUCAAACGCAGCUACAGCAAACAGGCGGGGCAGUGCAACCUCAGCAACCAGUUGCUAAUUAUCCCGCACUACCAACUAUUCAACAGCUCCCGACAGCUGCUCAAACGCAGCUACAGCAAACAGCGCAAUUGCAGCCGCAAGCCCAGCACCCUGGCCUGGUCAUUCAGCCACAAUUAAAUUCUGCUCUUCAAGCUGGUCAGGUGGGCUCCGUGGUGCAGCCUGGUACCAUGCAGCCACAAACACCUGUCGCCGCCGCUCAGCAGAUAAACCCAGGUAUACGAACCAAUCAAAUACAAACAGAGACUCAAAUACCUCCUCCGAUAAACCAAGAAGUGCAACCUGGACAAGUGCAACCUCAAGUUCAACAAACACUUCCUCAAGUGAACCCUGCAGCACAGACUUCCCAAAAUUAUCCUCAAGUGCAACAAGUGCAACAGGCAGCCCCCCAAGUGAAUCCAGCUAUUCAACCGCAGGCCCUUGCUGUGCAACAACAAGCUCAGCAACCUUACACUCUACCAGGUGUAUCUCAGUACCCUAAUCAGGCACAAGUUAACACGGGUCAGACCCAUCAACCAUUCUUACAACAGCCUCAGCCCGGAACAGUUCGAGGACCAACAGAACGAGAGAAGGGACCUGAGAAGUCAAAGUCUGCCAAAGUAACUCCUGCGGAGGAGACAAGCCAAAUGGGAAAAAUGGCCAAAAAGAAAGAGAAUAAGAAAAAUGUUUCUGCCAAAAAGACUCCUGAAGAGGAGGCAGGCAAAGAGGAUAAAAUGGUCAAAAAGAAAGGGAAUAAGAAGCAUGAUUCUGCCAAAGGGACUGCUGCUAACGAUAAAUUGAAAGUGGAUAAAAUGGCCGAAAUGGAAGAUAAGGAGAAAAGUGAUUCUGCCAAGGAAACGGCUGUAGAAGAGAGAGAGAAACUUGAUAAAAUGGCCAAAAUGGAAGAUAAUAAAAAAGAUGAUUCUACCAAAUGGACUGCUACAGAGGAGAGAGGGAAUGUGGAUAAAAUGGCGAACAAGAACGAAAAAAAAAAGAAAGAUGAUUCCCAAAAAGAGUUGAACGUUAAUCUUGGAGGUGAAGCAAAGAACAAAAACCACAAGAAGACAAGGGAAUAUGAAGAUAGAGCUCAAGUAAAGGAGAGCAUCUAAUGAGCCACAAUGGGAAACCAAAACAGUAUCAACAAGACUGAAGUGAGGCUGACUUACAACACAGGGUAGAAACUAAGCCAGGGAACCGAUGAAGCCGAAGUCAAAGUUUCUUGUUAGAAAACAUUCGAUUCAUGUUUACAAUUUUGUCCAGCCGGCUGGAGAUGACAAACAUAUUACAGUCCUAUGAAAACUUAUUUGACUAAUGGAGCAUGUUUAGUUUUUUUAGAAAUUUUAGUCCGUAUUUGUAGGUGUGUUGA